AUGAAAAGGGCAAAAGGGAAUGCGGGUUCGAUCUCCAUGGACAAAAUAUCCGAGUUGCCGGAAGAAAUCUUGCAGAGAAUACUUUAUUUCCUGUCCCAAAAGGAAGCUAUCCGUACAUCUGUCUUGUCCAAAUCAUGGCGUAAUAUUUGGUGUACUCGUCCCAAUCUCGAUUUUUCAGACGACACCUUCAAAGGUAACAAACAACAAUUUCUCUCCGUUGUCGAUACUACUUUACGGCGAUACUGUGAUCAAAGGUUGCGUGUAGAUGAGUUUAGCCUCCAUAUUUUGUUGCGUGUUUUGGAUCACGAAUCCGUUUCUCUUCUCGAAAAAUGGAUUCGAGCACUCGCAGUUAUGGGUGUGAAGAAGCUACGCCUUUCGAAUAGUUGGGAACGUAUUUCGGGAGUUGUCGAUCUGCCGUCUGUAGUCUUUGAAGCCGAAUCGCUCCAAGAUUUGCGCGUGGAGGGAUUCAUCUUGGGCCGAAUGGGUAUUGAAAGGAUCGUGCUCUUCAAGCAUCUAACAUCACUUUGUCUCAAACGAGUCUACAUCGAGGACGAUGUUUUCGAGACGAUAAUCUCGAAUUGUCCUUCGAUCGAAACUUUGGAAGUUAACGAAUGCGAGAGGUUAAAAAACAUUAAGGCGAAUCGUUUACACAAUCUCAAGUACUUCACUUUUUCGAAACUCGGCGCGGAAGAUUGUAGCAUCAACAUCGAAAUCCACCCCCCUUCUCUCGAAACCAUCAAAAUUAAUAACGGUAAUCCAUGGUCCUACGGAGGAGGGUACUUUCGUAAUCUCAAAGACUUAUAUUUGUGGUGUGUCGCCGCGUCAUUGGACCACUUGUCCUCGUGUAAAUUCCCAAGCCUCGAGUGCUUGAAGAUUUUAUCUUGCAACGGACUGAAAGGAAUCAAUCUAUUUAUCGACGCACCGAAGAUAAACAUGUUUGCAUACGGAGGCUCGUUUAUCCCAUCAAUCUCUUUCGCACCAACUACUUCCCGCAAGUGGUGUUCACUUAUAUGUGUGUGUUUGGGUGACGAUGAUGAUUCUUCGUCGUCGCUGGAUGAACUGCUCAAGUCGUUAAGCCAAUCGAAAAUUUGUCUGUGUAUUACUCCAAAAAACAUUAAUCGGCCGAGUGGAGACAGAGAUGAUGAGCUGGCACAGUUGUUGUUGCGAGAUCUGGAGGAAGUGAGAUUGGAGGCGAUGCGAGAGGGAGAAUGGCGCCCGGUGUUUGAAUUGCCGAGCUACGAACAACGGAAACGUAUUCAUAUUCGCUUCAUUUUGCAUGGUUUAAGGUAUAUUAUGAAUGGAGAACACUUGGCCAUUUUUGAAGUUUUAGGGUGUAAACCGCUAAUCAAUGCAAAUAUUGGGGUGUAA